AUGUCGUCCACCACGAGCGUCCACGUGACGGCUCUCGACGGCCUGGUGAACGUGAACUCCCUCUUCACCAUCGCCGUAUUCGUGGGGCUCUCUCUUGCGACGCCGGGGCAGCACAGCCUCGAGAACCGGUCGGGCUGUGACGCCGGCGUGGACAUUGCGAAGAAGCUGCUGGUGUUCGAGGUGGUUUCGUUCAGCUUCUUCCUGUUCUCGUCGCUGGUGGCUCAGGGGCUGAAAUUGGCGAUCAAUUUGCUGAACAGCAAGGACGUGGACGAGAUAUUUAGGGCUCACAUAAAUCUGAAGGUGCUGAGAUUUGGGAUGAUGGCGUCGGCGAUUGGAUCGGUGAUGGGAUGCUUGUUCCUGAUGCUGUCGAUGGUGAAUGUGAUUCAGAUCAGGCUGGGGAUGCUUUCGUGUGGGAGCAGAUCGGCCGUGCACGCUGUGGCGGCGUUGAUUAUUUUGGUGACUUGUGCUCUUCUGGUUUACAUCUCUACCGCCGUCUAUGCUUUCCUGCACUGAUCGUAGUAUUUCAUUUUUGUAUUGAUAAUUAAUGGUGGUUCAAUUUUGUUGGUGUUGCAUCUUGUAUUUCAGGAGGUUGGUGUUAUGUUUCGUAUUCGUAUUCGUAUUCGUAUUCGUAUUCGUAUUCGUAUUUUGAAAGCUUUAAGUCAUU